GCCCGACCACUCACUUUCUAGGAGGGACAGUGACAGCUUCUCUCUCCUCUCUCCUCUCUCAUCCGCCUCGCUUCAGGCUUUAGGCUCUGAUCGUGCCAACCACACAGCCCCUGCAUUCACAGCAACUGCUGCUGUGCGACCACUAAUGCUCUUUCACUCACCGAGCCCGCAUGACCAAUUUCCAGGGCUCAAUAAUCAUGGGAGGAAACAUCACUCUUUGUUCAAGGCAUCAUUCCAGCAAAACCAGUGUAAUUUCAAUGCACAACCAAUGUCAUUUCGACCGAAAACGCUCACCGUAUGAUCAGCAUUCUGGGCGACUUUUAGUCCAGGUAAUAAGCUAGCCUCUUCUUACCUGGAAACUGUCGUUUUCGCAGCCUUGCAAGAUUCUUGAACUUGGCCCCCUCGCGUAUUGUGCGACCCAACCCCCUUCGCAACCCCUUUUCUGUCUCCUAAUCUUGUGACAUAGGAUCAAUCGUUAGCCGAGCAGUCGAUGCCCCUUUUUGCGGUAGUUCUCUCAAAGAAUAAUCGAGGGUUGUCUGAUACUCGUGGCUUUAAUCGAGCUCGCUGCUCACCAAAUCCUGGAGCGACAAAGUCAUCAAAUUGUAUCUUGGGAAAUGAAAGUUCGCCCUGAGAUCCUUGCGUGUUACUAAACCCACAAAGUACCAUAUUCCUUUAUCUCUUCAAGCGCAGGGCGGCCGAAACACAUCCUGCGGGUUGGUGAUGUACGAUUUUCUGUGGAUGGCAUAAAUUACAACCAACAGGAUCCAGCGAAAGGAAGGUAUUAACACCCAGCUUUAUGACGAUUGACCCCUUGCGAUAGGCCAACCGAACUUGGAUGUCAAACAUUUCCUUGCCGCAGUUAAGUUGUGGCUAAAUGGUCAAAUUAACGAGCGUAAAUUGCGGGUCGGUUUCAACGAAGGAUUCCAGGCUCCACGGCACAGCGAAUCAAAGAAAUCCCUUUCGAACCAUUGAUAUCCUCGUCAUGGGAUUAGAACGAUCGUCCACCCAUUCUUUUCACGGAAGCUAUUGGAAAUCACGGGUUCAGGCAGAUGGAGACGCAACAUUACUCCGGGACUGGAACUGAGGCCUCAAAACUUAUUUCUUUGUACCAUCCAAACUUGCAAACUUGACCGGGAGAGCAUAAGUUUGCUGUUUUUGGACCUGGCUAAUGUUUAUAUUCCCAAUAAAGGUCAAAUAUCAAAUAUCCAAUUAACCUUUUGGAUAUCUUCGCCCUACAAAUCGUCUGCAUUGCUGCCCGACGAAAAAAUGCUCUGUUUUGAGCGAAUCAAGAAACCUGGGGCGCCUUAUUUCAGCACAAUAUUACAUCAAAAGUCCCGUAUCGGGCGAAUUCUUCUAAGCAACGAAUAGGACGGGUUCUCAACGCCAGAUUUACCGCAAAUUUACUGCUUUCGGGUAAGUAUUAUACACACUCACGCCCGUCUCUUCUUGGUGUACUGUAUCCUUAUUCUGGAUUCGUUCCCCUGGCCAAAGUUGACAAUCUUUUAUCAGAUUCGAAUUAUACCACUUUCUAACUUUUGUAUAGCUCAAUGGGGCCUGUCUUCGUCAACUCCAGGCAGAACAAGUAUGCCCAAAGGUCACUCAAAAGGUUUAUCCACACUUUGGGUGACUAUGGAAGCCUCAUUUCUUCUAUUGGCCUAUUGGGAGAAGCCAACGCAAUCGUAUUGCGAUUGAAGGUGUACUUCAGCUUUGCCUUGCAACUUUAUACCACGCGUUCAGACAGGUCCCCCAGGCUUAGGAGAGGUCGAAAGGCCUCCUUCUCAGCCACUGGCAUACGCAAAUCCAGUAUGCUUCCGUGAGUCCCGACACCUACUGGUCUCAAUCAUAUCGGUCUACGGCUCUCUUCAAAGGCCGGCCAUUUUUGUAAGAUCGGUUUUCAGCUCACGUCACUCGUCGCAUCGGAGUAUCCGUGUUUUACGACCUCCAGAGGCACUUGGUCAAGUCUCUGCUCCAAUUCCGCAAAACCUUUCGUUUUCCAUCGUCUCAGUUGGCUCUGCAGAAAUCUCGGACUCCCGCAUGAUUUUGAUUGAGCUUGCAAGGGCUACGUGAGACAGGUGCCCAUUAUAUCUGUACGCUUCCACAGAUCGCUGCAACGUCAAAGUGCAAUACCCACAGUCAAGCCAUUUUUGAUACGAUGGUAUUGCAAAACAUGUUUCCAUAUAUUCAGUCAGGUGAUUCUUUGAGAUGAUUCUACUCCUGCCGGUGGAUACCGACGGCAGCAUUAUGAGACUAUGCGCAUCGGCUGUUACAUCGGUAGUAACAGACCGCUUUUUUCCUGGCUGCCUUUUUUUUUUGCCUUUUUUCUUAUUGAUGAGGAAGUGCGAAGAGAUCUUAUUCCUGUUUCGUGGAUAAGUUUGAAAAUUUCGGAUACUCUUGCAUAAAGUCAUUAUUUUUCUCUUCGCGUUGCAAGUGGUGGCUCCUGUACGAGGGCUCCUGCUCAAGCGAGCCCAAUGGACAGGCCUGGAGGCACCGAGGCUGAGCUCAGCCACCUACUCUGACGAUUCCCAUAUCUAUGAUGUCCCAAAAUAGAUAUGGGGAAUUUAUCAGCAGAGGCAAUUGAGAAUACGAUGAUCUGUCUCGGAGUUAUCUCCACGUUUUUUUUCAUCGGAAUUUUCUUCUUUGUUCAUGUUUACAUGUUUUUAAUAUUUCGAGGGGCUGCCAAUGGGUUGGUGUUGGGGGCGGCGCGAAAACGCCGGGCCAUACCCUGCCAAGCCAUGGAAUGCGGCGAUUCAGGGGGGUUUUUCACUCUGUAAGCGAAUCAUGGUUAGUGGCAAUAUAUCGGCUUCGUGCGACUGUACAUAUACCUCGCCUCCCCUCCUCCCUCUUUCGAUGAAUAUUCCUUUUCUAUAUCCAGACAUGAUGAUUAUUUGCCACUGUUCAUCAACAUGAUGAGCACAUCUAUGGAACACCAUGUUCUCUCCACGGAGUUCCUUGAUCUUCCACAGACUUGCGCAUUUCCAUCUCCAUAUCGCCACUUCCUGCGACGAACUUGGGUCUUGAGCAAAGCGAUUGGUUGUGCGUUCUUCUAUGCUUUGAUAAUCCUUUCCUCGUCAUGUCUAAGUGGUCGCUGAUGGCCUAUCAGUUGGCGGUUCCUGUCGUGUGAACAGCUUGACAUGGUUCCUGGGGCAGAAGAUCAAGGUUCCUUUCCAUCCAAGAGUCGAACAGAAAACCUACUGGUACAUCAAGCAUCGUACUCGUAUGGAGUCACGAAAAGAUGGGGCUUGAGAUCAGGCAGCCGCGUUACUUUAUUCUCGUCACCAUGCCAUGGGAAUCUAUGCUAUGAUAUGCUAUGCCAUGGUCCGGUCCGGAGUUUAGGGCCCCUUGUCUGCAGUGCAGUGUAGUGCAGCUUCAUGCUAGAUCUACAGUAUGAGUAAGUGACUAGAGGCAAACCCAUCUAUCCUGCAUUGCUCUGUUGCUGUUGUGUUCUCCUGGAGAUGUAUCUCCGGGUUUUGUGGUAGGUCUACCUAUCGUCUCCUUUCAGUGCUCUUGGUCUGGUUUGGUGUAGGGAGGCAAGUACGAAGUAUGUGAGAUGAGUGAUGGGUGAUGGGUGGUCAGUGUGGAAGGAUGAGAACCAGUGGUGGGUUUGCCAUCCAUUUAUUCAGCUGGGACGAGACUUCUGCUUGUGGAGUGUGGAGUGUGGAGCUGGUAUUGUCAGCACUAGGUGUUCGGUUCUAAGAGUAAGUCUACUGGGAUUUACUAUGGUAAGUUCAUCCGAUCCCUCUCCACGAAAUCGGUGAGCUAGGGAGGGGAGGCUUAAAGACCUUUCUUGGGCUUUGAGAUAGGCUAGGGCUCGGAAAACUCGGUUAUGGGGUACCCGUACCCGUGAUAUUGUCAGCAUUGCUACAGUACCGAGCUGUAUCUUACUUCCUUCUGCUUGACCAUCAAAUCACAUAUCGGGAUUGGGAAUAAGCUCGGAGCUCCCCUGGUCCGGGUAUGGGAGUCGAGUGGCUCUCGGGGAUAUGAGAGGGUCGAUUUGAGG